UUUUUUUGAAGACGUCAUCAUUAAGCGACAGAUUAGCUUUUGCUCUUCUGUCGUCCCAGCAAGCUUGUGAAACGGGAAGCUUCUCUUUCCUCAGAUUUUUCAGCCCUGAUGACGGCGUGCACUCGCAGCACAGUGUUGUCUCUGUACACGCGCGUGUUUCGCAUCGCCCGGACCUGGCAGGCCCAGAGCGGCGUUAAAGCGGACACAGACAGUGAAAGAAAGUACAUUCAACAAGAGGCCCGCACUCUGUUCAGGCAGAACCAGCAGCUCACAGAUCCUGAAGCGAUAAAGAGCUGCAUAGAAGAAUGUGAGGCGAGGUUAGAAAUAGGCUUGCAUUAUAGGAAUCCAUAUCCAAGAGCUACAUACCUGCCGCCGCUGGGACUGGCCACUCAGAAGGGCAGGAAGCUGCGAGUCCAGCAGCGCCUCAGGAAGCAGGCCAAACCAAUUUACUUACAGUCACAUGAUGAGACUUGAUGGCUGGUAUCCUCAAUCCUCAUCUAGAGCUCAGGUUACGGAGGACCGGAAACAGCCAUAGAGACAUCAAAUCAUAUUAUGGGACUGACUUAAAAGCAGUCGCUCAAGAACACUCGUCAUUAAGAAGAAAGCAGCUUUUUGUUGAUUGUUUUUUACAUUACUUAGGUGUAAAUACAUAUUAAAAUAACAGAUACUGUGUUGUAUUUAUCAUGCCAUUUGUUUAUAUGAGAAAUAAAAAGUCUUGAUGUCAAAAA